AUAGCCAAAUAAUUGCAUGACUGUGCGCUUGACCAGCAGCUUCCGUUCAUCCCAGAUUCUCCAAAACCCUUUGGCGCCUGCACCUAGGGCAUGGCUUGCAUCUAGGAGCAUACAUAAGGGUAAUAUAGCUAAAUCAAGUGAUGAGCGAAGUGCCAGCGCAAAAUUAUUCGCAGAUGCUGCUCGCGAGGAGGCGGAAGAAGCGGAAUCCCCCUCACCAAAGAGGCCCAGCAAUAUUACUCUUCUAGAGAACCAAAAUGAGAACUGGACGGGGGAAGAGUCGAUGCAGGAUGCUGUUCUGCGUAUGCUUGUGGACAAGUACAAGCCGUUGCGGGGCGGUCCUAUCAGGACGGCAGAGGAAAAGUUGAAGCAGGUUCCACCGCGCAUACACUCGGACGCUGCUUCCAUAUCUGAGACGGAGAGGGCAUCACGGAAUUGGGAGGAAGUAGCGAAUGAACCUUUGCUCCCAGCGGUCGAAGGCCAUAAACCGUGGCAUACGACUUUCAAAGCGCCUUCGCACGCAACUGCGUCUAUCAAGUUGGGCACGUUCCCUCUGGUGUCCGCCCGGACAUCUACGAAGUCUUCCGCUACGGAUGAGCGAACUCGGAAGACGGAGAGGGAGUUGCAGAAGCGGAAGGAGCAAGCUGGUCGGUUGACUCGGGCGAGGGAGUCUACCUUGGACUAUCGGCUUGGAAUCAAGAGUGGCCAUGGUGAGAAUAGACCUUCCGUUCGAGCUAAUCCUGUUAGCAUGAGGGGAUGGCAGAGUAUGAUUGAGGAUAAGAUUGAGAAAGCACGACUUGCGGGUCAAUUUGAUAAAGUCAAGGGUAGAGGUCAGCCGUUGGUGCGACAAAGCGAUGAACGCAAUCCAUUUAUCGCACGAGAAGAGUUCUUAAUGAACCGUAUCGUGCAACGGAAUGGUGCAUCUCCACCAUGGGUAGAGGUUCAACUAGAACUAGAAUCUGCUAUCAACUCUUUUAGAGAAAUGCUUCGACAGUCCUGGACGAGGCGUGCGGUCAGGAUGCUCACGGUGUCGCAGCCUGCGACUUACCUUCCAUCGUUGGCUCUCGCUGAUAUCACCUCUUUGCGAGAUGACGAAUGGGAAGAGCGUGAACGAUCGUAUCAUGAUACGGCGAUAACGGAACUGAACUCAUUAGUCCGUAAAUAUAAUGGACUGGCGCCGUAUGCAGUCCGCCGUCCAUACUACGAGCGUAGCGCUGAACUGGCCAAAGUAUACGAAGAAUGCGGGGAAGAUAUUCUUCGUGGGAUUUCGAGGAGAACGAACGAAAAUAUCAGUUGGCAGUCUACGCUUCCACGUUCCGGGGUCAGAUCAUCUGCGAAAGUUGGCAGUGAUACUACAAUUGGAGAUUACGGGCUCCCAUUGAAACUUCGGGAUGUGAUUCGAGGUUGGCUGACCAAGCUAAUAGGAAGGCCAUGGCGAUGAUCUUGGCUGGACGUUCCUCAUGUAUGUCAGCUCGUGGUGUAGGAGUUUUCAGGCAGGUAUAUAUUCAUAAUCUUUCAUCCGUCCUAGAAUCCGCAUUUGUAGCCCCAUCAUCUUGUUCGUCGCUGAUAUUAUUGUGUAUCCCCCACCGCUCGCUCUUCUGUAGACACGAGCCCUGAAUGAUACGAUAGCCGAAUAUUUCCCUGG